AGAAAAACCAAACCAAACCAAAUUAUUUAAGGCGCAAUCCAAACACUUUCACUUCUUUUAUUUUCUCUCACGAAACUCUAAAAAAAACUUAGAGAGAGAGAGAGAGCUAUAAAAUCUCCUCCCACUGCGAGAUCUCCACGCAAACUCUCUUCCCCUCUUAAUUUUCGCUUCAGUUUUUAAUAAUUUGAGCUUUAUUUUGUGUUUUUUGAUCUAAAAAACAAAUUUUAGUAUUUUUAUUUAAAAGUUCAUAGAUAAAGUAAAAGAGAUUAGAUUUUAAUCUUGUUUAUUAGUAUGUUUUUUUAAUGGGGUCAGGCAAAGGAGCAAUUUCUUCUUCCUCUUCUGAAAUUAUGGAUAUUUCAGGUGUUCAAGAGAGGCAUCAAUUAGAGCUAGAAAACUUGACACUGACAACGCAACCUUUUAAAACAAUGAAGUUCUUUAUUUUUGCUAUGGCUCUGUAUUUUAAGCGAUCAGUAUCGUAUCUUUUGGCAAAAGGUGGUUGGCUAAUGCUCUUAAGCAUCAUUGUGGCAGCGAUUGGGAUUCUUCUUGUGACCAUUGACGGGCCUCAUGAGAAGCAUAUGGAAGAACUUUCUCAUUACUGGCGGUUUGGAUUGUGGUGGGUUGCCCUUGGUGUUGCAUCUUCCAUUGGUCUUGGGUCUGGUUUGCACACUUUUGUUCUUUAUCUUGGUCCGCACAUCGCAUUGUUCACAUUAAAAGCAAUGCAAUGCGGCCGAGUUGACUUAAAAAGCGCUGUAUAUGAUACCAUACAGCUUAAAAGAGGGCCCUCAUGGCUCGACAAAGAUUGCCAUGAAUUUGGAGACCCAGUGUUCCCAUCAGCUAAUGGGUUGCGGAUUCCACUUAGCAGCAUUUUGCCACAGGUCCAGAUAGAAGCUAUUCUAUGGGGAGUUGGGACUGCUCUUGGAGAGCUUCCUCCUUAUUUCAUCUCAAGGGCAGCAAGCUUAUCGGGAAGCAAAGUGGAUGCAAUGGAAGAAUUAAAUACUUCCUCAUCUGAAGACAGUGGAUUCAUAGCUUCACACCUUAAUGCAAUCAAACGCUGGCUUCUGUCACAUUCUCAACAUUUAAACUUCAUCACAAUACUAGUACUUGCUUCGGUGCCAAAUCCCCUGUUUGACCUUGCUGGCAUUAUGUGUGGACAAUUCGGGAUUUCAUUUUGGAAGUUUUUCCUUGCAACUUUGAUAGGAAAGGCGAUUAUCAAAACUCAUAUACAGACGGUUUUCAUCAUCUCUGUUUGCAAUAAUCAACUCCUCGACUGGAUAGAGAAUGAGUGCAUUUGGGUACUUAGCUUUGUCCCUGGUCUCGCUUCUGUGCUACCCAACGUCACAGCAAAGUUGCGUACAAUUAAAGAAAAAUACAUGGCCCCUGCACUACCUCUGCCAUCAAAUAACAAGGUGAAAAAAUGGGAUUUGUCGUUCGCUGCAAUGUGGAACACGAUCGUGUGGCUUAUGCUGUUGAACUUCUUUUUCAAAAUUGUGAACGCCACUGCUCAGAGAUAUCUCAAGAAACAGCAGGAGAAGCAAAUCGCCGAGUUGACAAAUAAUGUGUCAUCUUCCACACAUUCUGAUUAAUAAUCUAACCUGAACCGGACCGCCUUGAUUAACAGACGACAUUCGAAGUUUAUUUUCUCUUUGGAUUUAUAUUUUUGCCCUUUGUUACAACUUAGAAUUAGGCAGCUGUUUCCUGAGACAUUUAAGUCACCCUCAGAGAAAUCUUUACGUCAGGAAAUUCCUGUUUAGAAGGUAUGUAUAGAAAUAGUGUUCAUUGGGGUGAAGUAUUUGUUAAGGAACCCUUGAAAUUUGGAAUGGAUGUUACAAUUAUUCUUUCGAAAUGCAAGCCAAAUGAUUUAUGUUA